AUGAAUCCGUGCCUGAUCGUUCUUCUGCGAUUAACGCAGCUCAUCUUCUCCGCCAUAAUCAUCUCCCUCUCCGUGGUCCUAAUACUAGGCCAACGUGCCGGUGACAGCCCUGUAAUCACCAAAUUCUCAAUAUUCCUCGGCUCCUUCGGACUUUUCAUGUCCAUCUUCGGUGUCUUCUCCCAAAUCUUCGCUGUUCUGCGACAAUCCAAGAUUGUAGGAUCUCUAGAUUUCGUGGUAGCACUCGUUCAAUUCGCUGGUGGUGUCGCAACAGCUGUAGCCCUGGGUCCUGGCAUAAACUCCUGCAGCAACAAACGCUGGCGCGAAACCAAUUCCAUCAUAAACGGCGGAUACAUUGUCGUCAAUGGUCAAAACUUCGUGUAUAAGCAUACACCCUUCGAAUCGCGGUGUCAAAUGGCAUUCGCAAUAACUACCUUUGAAUUCCUGAUCGGAAUGACUUUCGUGAUGUCAGGUGUUGCUAUGGUUUUGGCAGCACAGAAGAGGAAGACUCCGCAGGUUCCUAAAUGGUAG